GACAACUGUUAUACUACUUUAAAUAUGCUAUAUCAGACAGCCGGUAUAUGCAUUUCGCCCGGGAGCGACUUCGAGAGACUUAAAAAGAGUAGCGUCCGAUAUUCGAGUGAGAUAGGCAUAAGAAGAGGCGGAGCGUUAAGUGAACCUUCUAGUCCUGUUAUUGUUCGGUGCUUUCGACUUUCUCAAUUUUUAUUGUUCUUUCCAAGAGCCAUAAAAAAUUUUUGCGUCUUUGCAAGAUUUUGUGUGAUUUUUUUUCUAGGUUAUAUUUUGUUUGCGUGUUUUUUUUUUAUUUUUAUUUAUAAAACCACUGUUAUGGGGAAAAUGGGAAGAAGUUGGAGCCGUAGAAGCCGCCGCAGCGCUAGCCGAAAGGCUUAUUGGCGAAAGAAACAUUGUGUUGCCACAGAUCACAGCUAUGCAAAACGCGAUACCUCAGUCACUAUUGGUGAAAAUAUGAUGUCGAGAAAUACUAAUAAGGAAUCCACUACAAUAUCAAAUGUAACGGUGCCAUUGUCAAUUUGUCAAGAUGAUGAUGAAAGCGUUGUUAUCGAGUCUAUGGUUUAUGAUGUACCUGAGCUUCCAGUUACGAUUUAUGAUAAUUCCAAUCCUACUAAGGUUUCUGAAAAAAUUGAUGAUAUUUUAAUGGUCAACAAUGACAAAUUUUGUAAUAAUUCUUCCCAAGAUGAUGUUACAUUGAAUGAUUUCUCUUUCAUAAGCCAAGAAGAAUAUGAUGAAAUUAACUCACACGAAAUUGAAAUUGAACGAAUAACCCGUCCAGAAUCCACAAUUAUUAUUGGCAAUAGAAUUGUUGAGGUGGAACGUUUUGCAGAACUUUGUAUGGAGUUGCAAUUUAAGCAUAGCCAGAUUUGUACUCUAGGCCUUCUUAAAGUUCAUAACGAAAAACGCAAGGGACUUGUCAGUACUGUUGUGUUUCGUUGCAAUAUGUGCUCUUAUCAAGCAGAAUGCUCUACUCAGAGAGGUGAUAAAGACGUCCGCCUGCAACUAAAUUAUGCUUGUGUUUGGGCAGCAUUAUCUGGAGGUACUUCCUACAAGACAAUGACAGAGUUUUUAAGCACAAUGAAUAUACCUCCUCUGUCGUUUCAAAUGUUUCACUCUCUGGAAGAACAGCUUGCUGAGGAUUGGAAAAAGGUUCUUUGGAAAAACUUUGAAGAAGCUGGAGUCGAAGAGAAGAUGAAUGCUGUAGCCAACCAUAAUAUUGAUAAUGAUGGAAUUCCGUGGAUAACUGUCUAUGUUGAUGGUGGAUGGAGCCACAGAUCUUAUGGACAUCACUAUAAUGCCGCAUCUGGAGUAGGUGUGAUAAUAGGUAAAUACAGUGGAAAAAUAUUAUUUCUUGGUGUAAGAAAUAAAUACUGUUGCGUCUGUGCAAGAGCAGAAAAUAAAGGUGAGAAACCGCAUGAGCAUCUCUGUUUUAAAAAUUGGAAUGGGUCAUCUGGUGCUAUGGAGGCAGAUAUUAUAAGUGAGGGGUUUCGAGAAAGUAUUCGCAUGCAUGGUUUAAAAUAUUUGCAUUUUAUUGGUGAUGGGGAUAGUAACGUGUAUGCUAAAAUUCAGCAGACUGUACCUUAUGGAAAUGCAGUGAGGAAAAUUUUAUGCAAAAACCAUGUAAUUAAAAAUUAUGGAUGUGCGCUAUACAAAAUCAGAAACAAUUCGAGUAUUGCUCCAAGUGGCAGAAAGUUUUUGACAGCAAACUCUAUUAAAGAGCUUAAAAAUAUAGCAGCAAAAGUCAUAUAUAUUAAUGCAUAUGGGGAUGUUGAAAAGCUAAAGACAGAUCUGGAAAAUGGCCCUUAUCAUGUUUUUGGAGACCACCAUAAUUGUGAGCCUUCCUAUUGUGAAAAUAUUGGGGAAAUUAGCAAUAGGGUUGCAGAAAUGCAAAAUUCUGGUAUUUUCAAUCACGUGACAAAAGCACUACAGAAAGUUGUGGUAAGACAGGGCCACAAACUGAUUAAAAAUGAAACCAAUAAUAGAUCUGAGAUGUUCAUGUCAUUGCUCUGCAAGUUUAAUGCUGGCAAGCAAUUGAACACCAUCCAAAAAGGUUCUCUGCAAGCAAGAGCCUAUUUGUCUGCUCUUCGUUAUAACAAAGGUGCUGACUGGCAAAGUUCAACCUGGAUGGACACAAGAAAAACGUUACCAGGCGCUACAUUCCAAAAGUACAUUAAAGCAAAUAAAAACCGACAUGAAUAUGACAGUAUACGUAAGGCAGAGAUGAGAGUAAUGGCAACCAAAAAAAAACCAGUCGCAUUUAAAAAAUACAAACAAGAUUCAGGAUAUGGUCCAACUGCCGCAAAAGGUUCCCUCACACAAGAAGAGUUAAUAUCUGAACGAAAAAGGCGCCUAAAACGACGUCUUAAAGAACGUAAGGUAGCAAUUGCAGACAUUCAUGACAUUGAGCAAAAAAUAACUGGAGAUAUUGGGGCAGAGGGGAAGGCCAGUGGGGAAAUAAAUCAUGAACUAUUAGACUAAUUUUAAACUUAGACGAGAAAAUGUUAAUGUUUAGUGUGAAAGCGUGAAAAUUACGUCACCCGAAAUCAUGGCUCUAGCUAUAAGUGAUUUAAACAAACUUACUAAAAAAAAAUUAAUUCAGAUAAUUAUGCAUAAAAAUAUACCAGAUGGUUGUGGUGCAUACAGUGAUGGAGUUUGUAAAUUUUUGGAGGGAAAUACUAAUAAAGAUACUGAUAAAGUUUUCUGUGAAGGAUUCAGCAAUCAACAUUUGUGUUUCAAAUUAGCUUUUCAAUCAAGACGUUUUACCUUUCAAAUAUUUAAUUUGAUCAUUAUAAAUAUAUGUUACAAAAUUUUUGACUCCCUAAUUUUUUUCACGACCAAAAAAGAGAUUGUAAAUAUUCAUCCUGUGAGAGUAUGUACAUUUUAAACUGUUCUGAUAAAGGGAAAUAGUAGACUUCUUUAAUUUACUUCAGACCUCAUUACAAGAAAAACAUGGAUUGAGAUAUGCAAUGUAAAUUCGUUCUGAUAACUUCUCUUCAACAAGUUUUAAUAAAAACUGCUGGCUUUACACUAUAAUACACAUUUAUUUAAAAAUUUAUUCGCAGUGCCUAUUUUUAUCGAAUUUAUUUGCAGUGCCUAUUUUUUACUUUUAUUUCAUGCUUGUAUUAUACCACUUCCUGUGUUCUCUAAGACGAGACAAAGGUUUAGAUUCUAAGAGACCUGAGACCUGAGCACAAAACAAGUUCAUUUUUAAUUUACUGAAUUGUCUGUCUUUCAGUUAAGUUUUUUUUUUAAUAUUAUAGUUCUAACUUAUGUUCAGCAAAUAUAUACUAAGUAAGUAAUAUAUGCUAUGCGGUUUUCAUUUUUAAAGAGUUCAUUUUGUACUGCGGAUAGAUACAUUUUUAGAUAAUACUCUGUUAUAGAAGUUUUAAUUGCUCUUUAAAAUCUAUUUAAUUUUCCUUUAGGAAACAGAAAGAACUAUAUAUUAAACAAAGUUAAUUCAUUCAGCUGUGAUAUUCAGAUUUUUUUUUACAAAGAAUAUUAUACAUUUUUAUAGAAUAUUUAAUUUAGGUGUAGUGAUAUUUUAUGUAUAUAUUAAGAGAUAAAUUCGUUUAUUUUCAAUUUUUGUUAAAUAAAAAUAUCCAUUUAGAUAAUCUAAGAGAGACUUUGUAUG